CGGCCGGGUCCGGGUGAAAAUCAGCCUAAACGGAGGAGGACUCGUCGUGCUAUGAACCACCGAUAAUUUCAUUUAAAUAUCCCACAAAAUGAGUUCCGCCGGCGGUGACAAAUACCAAUACCUAGCUGCCAUUAGUGUAAACAUCAUUUCGAUUUCGUAUGGCGCUUUUUGCGGCUGGCCAUCGUCCAGUUUCCUGGAACUGUCUUCCGAGAAGAGUCCUUUGGACACGGGUCCGUUGACUCCAACGGACCAGGGAUGGGUGGCGUCGAAUAUAUGCCUGGGAGGACUGGUGGGCACCUUUCUGUUUACCUGGCUGGCGGACAGAAUCGGCAGGAAAUGGUGCCUCAUGUGGAUGGCGCUGCCCAAUUUGGUGGGCUGGGUGAUAAUACCGUUCGCGCGCAAACCAAUGCAUUUAAUUAUCGCUAGAUUUAUUGGCGGAGCCGCUGGCGGUGGCUGUUUCACCGUGAUUCCCAUUUAUAUAGCCGAGCUGGCUUCGGACAAUAUUCGCGGCAUUUUGGGCGUCUUUUUGGUGCUGACCUGCAAUUUCGGUCUCGUGCUGGCAUUCGUCCUUGGCUACUACUUCAACUAUGCCCAAGUAUCCUGGAUUGUGUCCUCGCUGUCCUUUGUGUUCGUCGGCUGCUUCUGGUUCAUGCCGGAGACACCGCAGCACCUGGCCAAGAUAAAUAAGCUUGAGGAGGCGGAGCACUCGCUGCGCUACUACCGCAACAUCAAGUCCAAUCCGGCCAAGGAACUCAGCGAAGAGCUGCAGCUGGAGCUGAAGAAGCUGAAUACCACCGAGAAGACCACUGCGGAUGGAGAUGAUGACGAGGACGCGGCCACCGGCGUGACUUGGUCCGACUUCGCUGAGGGCAAGACUCGAAAGGCAUUCCUAAUCGGACUCGGACUGAUAAGCUUCAAUCAGCUGUGCGGAUGCUUCGCCAUGCUGAACUAUACGGCCGUGAUUUUCGAGCAGGCGGGCUCCAGCCUGCCGCCCACGGUGGCUGCCAUCAUAGUAGGUGUCAUCCAGCUAAUGGGCACCUAUGCGUCCACCGUUUUGGUCGAGCGACUGGGCAGGAAGAUCCUGCUCCUGGUCUCGGCCGUGGGAAUCGGACUGGGCCAGAGUGCGAUGGGCACGUAUAGCUACUUCCAGAGUCUCGGACAACCAGUGGCAUCGUUCAGCUGGGUGCCCAUUGCCGGGUUCUCCUUCAUGCUGUUCCUGGCUGCGGUCGGACUGCUCUCUCUGCCAUUCCUGGUGGUAUCGGAGAUAAUGCCGCAGAAGAUUAGGAGCACUGCCAUUAUGAUUCUAAUGUCGAUCCUCUGGUUAAUUUCCACCUGCGCCGUAAAGUUGAUGCCCGCUUUCACUGAAACCCUAGGAAUGCACGGUACCGUCUUCAUGUUCGCCAGCUUAUCCUUCCUCGCAGCAAUUUUCAUCGCUAUUUUCGUGCCCGAAACCAAGGGCAAGUCAGUUGAUGCCAUCUUGGCCAGUCUCUAGUACCUAUGACUUAAAUUUAAACCAAUUGUUAUUGUUGUUAAUAAAUCCGCUAAG